UCGGUCACGUAGCUCUGCGGCACCGGCAGCGCCUUUACAGCCGCGCGCGAGAGCCGGCGCCGCACAAGCAGCGGAGGCAGCCUAGACGGCGGACGGGCGAAGGGAGCAGCUGAGCGAGAAGGUCAACCAAGAUGACCCACCAAUACCCCGCUCUCACUGCCGAGCAGAAGAAGGCACUCUCGGACAUCGCCCAGCGAAUUGUGGCCCCGGGCAAGGGCAUCCUGGCAGCCGAUGAAUCAGUAGGCAGCAUGGCCAAGCGGCUGAACCAAAUCGGGGUGGAAAACACGGAGGAGAACCGGCGCCUGUACCGGCAGAUCCUUUUCAGCGCAGACAGCCGGGUCAAGAAGUGCAUCGGGGGCGUCAUCUUCUUCCAUGAAACCUUGUACCAGAAGGCAGAUGAUGGCACGCCCUUCGUGGAGAUGAUCAAGGACAAGGACAUUGUUGUGGGCAUCAAGGUCGAUAAAGGGGUGGUGCCCCUGGCCGGCACUGACGGAGAAACCACCACCCAAGGGCUGGACGGGUUGGCAGAGCGUUGUGCCCAGUACAAGAAGGAUGGGGCAGACUUCGCCAAGUGGCGUUGUGUGUUGAAGAUCAGUGAGAACACUCCUUCCUCCCUGGCCAUCCUGGAGAAUGCCAAUGUGCUUGCCCGCUAUGCCAGCAUCUGCCAGCAGAAUGGCAUUGUGCCCAUCGUGGAACCGGAGAUCCUGCCAGAUGGGGAGCACGAUCUGAAGCGUUGCCAGUAUGUGACUGAGAAGGUCCUGGCUGCUGUCUACAAGGCCCUGAGCGACCACCAUGUCUACCUGGAAGGGACCCUGCUGAAGCCCAACAUGGUGACCCCCGGCCACGCCUGCCCCACCAAGUACAGCCCUGAAGAGAUCGCCAUGGCCACGGUCACUGCCCUGCGCCGGACCGUGCCACCUGCCGUGCCAGGAGUCACCUUCCUGUCUGGCGGGCAAAGCGAGGAGGAGGCCUCCAUCAACCUCAACGCGAUCAACAACUGCCCGCUGCCCCGGCCAUGGGCCCUGACCUUUUCCUACGGCCGGGCCUUGCAGGCUUCUGCGCUCAAUGCCUGGCGGGGCCAGCGGGAGAACGAGGAGCUGGCCACCGAGGAGUUCUUCAAGCGAGCUGAGGUCAACGGCCGGGCAGCUCUCGGCAAGUACGAAGGCUGUGGCGACGGCUUUGGCGCAGCCGGACAGUCUCUCUACGUAGCCAACCAUGCCUAUUAACCCCAGGCAGGGUUCUCGGGCCCUGCUGACCAUGCCCCGGCUCCUCCGCUGCUUUCCAUCCCGGCCCCCCAUCACUCCCUGCUUUUUCUAGCGUAGCCAUGACAGCAGCGAAGUAGGCAGGGGAGCAUCCGAUGCCGGAGAGAAGGCUGGGCAACGCCAGAAGGAAGACGGGACACAAGCUUUGGUGGGGUG